AUGGCAAUCCACCUCCGGUCUCUCAUCCUCCUCCUCCUCUUCCUCUUCCCCUUCACCGCCAUUCUCUCCGCUGCAGAUUCUUCCCCUUCCUCCUCUCCAAUCGUGCCAUCGCCGCAGCCGUCUUUACCUUCUCCGCCGCAGUCACCCUCGCCGCAAUCGCCGUCGCCACCCCCAAUUCCACAACGCUCUCGUCGAUCGCCACGCCGCCCCUCACGUCGGCCCCAACACCCACCAUCACCGCCGCCGCCGCCGUUGACGCCGUCUCCGGCCGCGGAGGCAUCGCCGGACCAGCUGAACAACAUAAUUGACGCGCUGAUCGGAGCCGGAGACUUCGGCGACUGGGUCAGCGUCGUGGCGAGCGCCGUCCUCCCUCUCAGCGCCACCCUCUUCGUCCCCGAAAACGACGGCGCCAACCGCCUUCCCUCCGCCGGCGAUCCUUUCACGUUCUCGUACCACGUGAUCCCUCAGCGGCUCUCCUUCUCGGAGCUCCUCCUCUUCAAGACCAACACCCACCUGCCGACUCUCCUCCCCGGAAAGUCCGUCGUCAUCACCAACAACUCGCGGCUCAACUUCUCCAUCAACGGCUCUCCGAUCACCGUGCCGGACCUCUACGCCACCACCGCCAUCAUCGUCCAUGGCGUCGCCAGAAUGUUCGACUUCUCCGUCUACGGCCAAGACGGCCUCGACCCGCCGGCGGACCAGUCCGCUAUGGUCCGGCCGCCACCGGCACCGAAAAGGCCGGACGGGGGAAUUUCUGAGUCGAGCUCCGACGCCGCGCCGCCAUGUCUCUGCAUUGAAUUUCCGGCUGUUUUGGUGGUGGUUUGUGCGCUUUUGGGGUUCAAGACUCAGAGGAACAAUUUCAGAUGAAGGCAAAGAGAAAUUGAGGCUUUUCUUUUUGUUUUUUGUUCUUUUUUUUUUUAAUCGUCUUUUGAGGGUG